AUGGAAGACUGGGACCUGGUUAUUCCUAAUUACCAGACGCCAGGGAGACACAACCGGGGGCUUUUAUGUCAGCGAGGAUGUCACCAACCGGUGGUGUGGGAAGCCGCUUCCUGGACAGUAUGCUUUCUGCGACUGCGGACAAAGGCCACCCGAAGAACGCCGGUAUCUUGGAAGCUGGCGUAA